AUGGCGAGCUACGCUACUUGCUCCGAAGUAGGCCCACUAUGUCCCGUUGAACUCACGACUUACGGUUAUUAUCCCAAUUUCGCCGGCAACAUCUUCUUCAUCGUCUUCUUUGGCUUGCUCGGAAUAUGCCAAACCGGUCUCGGCCUCUACUACAGAACAUGGACAUUCUUGACGGCUCUCCUCAUUGGCACAUUUAUGGAAAUGGCCGGGUACAUUGGCAGGGUUCUCAUGCAUGACAACCCAUGGUCCGGACCUGCAUUCAAGCUGCAGAUCGUGUGCCUGGUACUCGCGCCGACCUUUGUCGCAGCGGGUCCCCGCCUUUUCACCUGGAUCUUCAUCGGAUGCGACAUCGGAUCUCUCGUUUUGCAGGCUGCAGGAGGUGGCGUCGCUGCAGCGGCUGGACAUACGGACUUUGAGAUGCUCAAAGCAGGCGACAACAUUAUCAUCGCCGGUAUCGCCUUCCAGGUUGCGACCAUGGCUGUAUGUGGAUUCUUUGCUGUCGUCUUCUUCUGGAGGGUCUUCAAGCGCGGCGAUGGGUUCUCGGGAGAGAAGAACCUCGAUGUUUCACCAAUUGUUCCCAAGUGGAUGCCGUUCGUCGUGGGCGCUGAGGUCUUUGCCUAUUUCACAGUCUUGACUCGGUGUAUCUAUCGUAUCCCGGAGAUGGCUGGUGGCUGGGGAAACCCGCUGAUGCAGAAGGAGAAUGAGUUCCUUGUCUUGGAUGGAAUGAUGAUUGCUCUGGCCUGCCUGGCCUUCACCAUCUUCCAUCCCGGAGUCUUCCUUCCAUCGCUGCGCUUCGCGCCCAAGAACCGCGCAUAA